GUAAAACCCUAAACCAAUCAUUUUUUUAAAAAAAAUAAAAAAUAGGAAACUUGUCUUCCAAACCGUCUACCAGAGCCGCUUGAUCCUUGUCGAUCAAGGAAUUAGGGCCACCGCCUUUAUAACCUCCUCUGCUUCAGUUCCCUUCCCCAAUACCCGUUCCCCUUCCACUCCUCUCCAGGUGGUGGUGGCGGAGCUAACAUGGCCACCACUAAGACCGUUUUCUCCACCGCUGUCUCCAUCGCCGCCUCCGCUGUCCUCGUCCGCACCAUCGCUAACGAUCUCAUCCCCGAUGAGCUGCGGGACUAUCUGUCCACCUCAUUCGCAGCUCUCUUUGCUCGAUUCUCCUCCGUUAUCACCAUCGUCGUCGACGAGUUCGACGGCUUCGUGUCGAACAAGAUGUUCAAGGCUGCUGAGAUCUACGUCGGCGGCCUCAGCCAAGUCGCCUCCUCCACUCGCCGCCUCCGCGUCGGUUGGCCGGAGGACGAAGACUCCGACGCGCUCCGGGUCACGAUGGAGAGCGGCGAGGAAGUGGUCGACGUGCACGAGGGCGUGCGCUACACGUGGCGCCUGGUUCUGCUUCAGCAGAACGCCGCCCUCUCCUCCCGCCGCCGCCAAGGGUUCUACGGGUACGAAGGGGAGGCGGCGCCGCUGCGGCAGGAGCGGUCGUUCGAGGUGAGCUGUCACAAGCGACACAAGGAAGCGUGCCUGAGAUCGUACUUUCCUCACGUGCUGGAGCGGUCGAAGGCGAUGCGGGAAGAGGAGCGGACGCGUAAGCUGUACACGAACGAGUACCUGACUUGGAGAGAGACGACUCUGCGGCACCCGGGGACCUUCGCAACGCUGGCGAUGGAGGAGGAGAUGAAGCGGGCGGUGGUGGAGGAUCUGGAUCGGUUCGUGAGACGGAAGGAGUACUACCGGAAGAUAGGGAGGGCGUGGAAGCGGGGAUACUUGCUUUACGGGCCGCCGGGGACGGGCAAGUCGUCGCUGAUUGCGGCGAUGGCCAACUUUUUGCACUUCGAUGUCUACGAUUUGGGGUUGUCGGAGGUGAACUCCAACUCGGAGUUACGGACGCUGAUGAUGUCGACGACGAACAGGUCGAUACUAGUGGUGGAGGACAUCGACUGCUCCAUGGAGAUGCAGCAGAACAGAGAAGACAGAGCGACGACAACACCCGCAGCCGAGGAGGAUCGAGAAAGGGUGACUCUUUCUGGGCUGUUGAACUUUGUGGACGGGCUAUGGUCGAGCGCCGCCGACGAAAGGAUCAUCGUCUUUACCACCAACUACAAGGAUCGACUGGACCCGGCGUUGCUUCGGCCGGGACGGAUGGACAUGCACAUCCACAUGGGCUAUUGCACGCCCUGCGGCUUCCGAAUCCUGGCUUCGAACUACCAGUCGGUCGAUGAUCACCCGCUCUUCCCCGAGAUCGAAGCGCUGAUCCGGGAGGUGGAGAUCUCACCGGCGGAGGUUGCUGGGGAGCUCAUGAGGAGCGAAGAAGCUGAUGUAGCAUUCCAAGGGCUCAUCAAGCUCCUUCGCACCAAAAAAAGAAAGGAGAAAGCUGAUAAUGCUACUAAAGAAGAAGAAAAAUAAACGAUGCCUGAGGAAAGAAACGUUUCUGGAUUUUGUGGAAUCUGAAGAGAGGUAGUAUGGACGAAUGGCGACCAGACUUGUGGUGUCCGAAGGAUUUAGAAGACGUGGACUCAGAGAUGCGGAAAAGAAGAGGCGGAAGCAAAACAAAAUUAUUCUAUUAAAUUAAUAAGAUCAGAACGAAACUGAUCACAUAGCCACAGAUUAAAACUCAAUUUUCAUAAACAAUUUAAUGUUUUAUUUUGAGCUCCUUCCACGAAUGAAACUUUUGCCUGAGGUCAA